AAUCCAAUGUACUUAUUAUAUACCAACAAUCUGAAAGAGAUCUAGUAGCAUUUAGAGACUUCAAAGUUCAUCGAGAUAAAGUUACUCAUGUAUUAUAUUGGUUAAAAGCAAACAAUUCUUAUUAUUCUGAAAUUGUUAUUAACAAUGAAACUCUUCAAUCUCUACCAGAGGAUGGUUUUAUUAAUG